AUGUCGUUCAAACCGAUCAUGAUGCAGCGGUUAGCCGCCCAGGAACCUCAGAGCCAUCGCUUCAAGCAUGCCCCAGUCUUCCAUCGUAAUCUGGAAGCUCGUCUGGACGAGCGACGCAAGGCGAACCGGAUGCAUGUGAUGAACGUUCCCCGAAAAACAGUGGACUUCUCAUCAAAUGACUUCCUAUCUCUGGCUACCUCUGGUCUCCUGAAGACCGAGUUCCUCAACGAGCUUGAGAGGAAUCCGGACUUCCAAGUCGGCCAAUCCGGCUCUCGUCUCAUGGACGGCAACACCGAAUACCUCGAAAACCUAGAGAAAGAGAUGGCAGAUUUUUUCCGAGCAGAUACGUGCUUGAUCUUCAAUUCCGGAUACGAUGCAAACAGUGCGAUUUUUUCUGUUCUGCCGCAGUUGGGAGAUGCCAUCCUCUACGACGAACUGGUUCACGCCAGCAUCCUGGAUGGACUGGACAGGUCACGAGCGACAAUUCGAAAGCCCUUCAUCCACAACGAUCUCAACUCACUUCGUGAAAUGCUAUUGUCGCUGUGGAAGUCCGAGCCACACCUUGCCCAAGGUAAGGGCUCCGUGAUCAUCGCCAUUGAGUCCGUGUACAGCAUGGACGGAGAUGUGUCCCCGGUGGGGGAAAUUCUGAAAAUAGCCCAGGAGGUUUUCCCCCUGGGUAAUACGGAGAUCUUCCUCGACGAGGCUCACAGUACCGGGCUGAUGGGCCCACUCGGCCGAGGAAUGGCCUGCGAGCUUGGGAUCGAAAAGAAGAUUGCGUGUCGCUUGCACACAUUUGGCAAAGCCAUGGGAUGCAAUGGAGCGAUUGUCUUGGGCAGUGAAUCUAUUCGCAAUAUGCUCCUGAACUUUGCCACUGGUCUGAUAUUUACCGCCGGUCCUGCAUUCCCCUUUGCUGCUUGCAUGAGAGCUGCGGUGAAUGUUCUAAAAGAUGGUAAAGCAGAACCAAUGAGGGCAAAGCUCCAAUCCAAUGUCCGAUACUUUUUCCGCCGCCUCUUUAGUCACCCAGUUUGGAAACAGGCGCGACAGGCUAAUCUGCUGGAAAUUCCCGUGGCAGAAAAUUACGAGAACAGGACGCUGCUCACCCAGAUUGUGCCCCUUUGGACCCAAGCCCGCGAUAACCAUCAUCUUGCGUCUCACCUGCAUCUUUCCGAUUACAAGGCCUUCCCGGUCAGCUACCCGGUCGUUCCCAAGGGCCAAGGGCGCAUCCGCCUGGUUUUCCAUGCAGCAAACACGGCCAAGGAAAUCGAUACGUUGAUUCAAAUCCUCUGCGACUGGGCGCAGGAGAUGAUCGAUUCGCGAACCAAGCAGGUGCCGCUCUCCUGUACGUGGGCGAAAAUCAUCCAGGCCGGAGAAGUCCGGAAACAAAAAAGGCUGGAGGAAGAGGCGAAACAGGGAAGCAGGGAUCGGAAGGUGUCGAAUUUGAAGAACGUCUUGGGGCCUCUUAUCGUAGAGUCCAAGACACAUCAGUAUGUUGAGAAGAGCCUGCUUUGA